AAUAAUAUGUUUUCCAAUUAAAGAAGGGAAAAAGUAGGGAGUAGGGUUUAGGCAUUGAAUUUUGAUAAUCGAUUCAAGCUUGAGUGAGAGCGGAGAGAAUUUCCCUUCGAAUUGCAUGCUAGUUGAUCUUGAUCGGUGAAAAUGAGCGGUGGAGAAGAGGCGUCGCUCGAUGCAGCAGCGGCGACUCGGAGAGAGAGGCUGAAAGCCCUUAGAGCUGCUCAGGAACUCCUCAACACUCCCGACGACGAUGCUGCUGCUGACAAUCAACCCGAGGGGGAAGAAAAUGUCAAUGUUAAUAUGAAAUUUCGGAAUUACCUUCCUCACGACAAGCAACUGCAAGAGGGUAAACUUGCCCCGCCCGUAUUGCCCAAAUUCGAAGACCCUGUACUGGCAGCUCCUCCACCAGAGGAGAAUAAAGAGGAUCCUUUUCUCAACAUAGCUCCAAAGAAACCGAAUUGGGAUUUGCGAAGGGAUGUGCAGAAGCGGCUUGACAAGCUCGAAAGACGCACUCAGAAGGCUAUGUUAAUACUCAUGGAACAAGAGGAAGCAAAGAGGAGAUCAGAAGGCACAGAAAAUGGUGGAGAAGAUUGAUGAAGUGACAUCAUUAUCCCUGUUUUUUUGUUAUUUGACAAUGUAACUGACAAAACUUAACUAGUCUCAUGUAAUAGACAUUUAAUUAUCAAAGGGAAAGAAUUUGUAAUUUUUCA